CUCGCCCAAACCCGUAUCAGAGGCCCCUGGACCUACCGCACCGACACUCAUUUGACAAACGCACAAAGAAACCAGACCAAACACUCAAUUUGACCGCAUUUCUCCACGAAAAAAAAAAUGCAACUCCCAGCCAACCUCCUCACCCUCCUCCUCUCAUCCUCCCUUUUCACCCUCAUCACCGCCACCCCCAUCGCCACUCCCUCCAAACAGUCCGCCAGCAAAACCAAUCCCAUCAACUCCUCCAUCCCCGCUUGGACCGACCCUAACACCACCAACCACAUCCACACCGAAACCGAAACCGAAACCGACCCCUCCGACCCCGCCAUCGCCUUCUUCUCCUCUCUCCCCCCUCCCAGUUCCCCACCCAACUCCUCCUCCUCCUCCUCACCCAACCCCUCCUCCCCAUCCACCACCGGCCUCACCAAACGCUCCUCAGGCAACAACAAAGACCACUGCCGCGGCGGCGGCUACUUCAACGCCACCUCCCCCGGCUCUCCCCUCGUCGACGACUGCAAGGUGAUCAUCCAAAACAUUUCCCCUCGCGGAGGCACGUGGCACUACAUGAGCGGCACGCAGCGGACGCUGGUCCGCCACGGGUCGUGUGCGCUGGGCAUCGAGAGCACGCCGGACGUGCCCAAGGGGUUGCAGACGUUGGUGGGCGAUUUGGAUAUUAGCGAGUGGAUCCAGAGGAGCAUCGACAGGUAUCAGUGGAAGGGCAAGGUGGGCAGUUAUGGGGAUACGCAGUGUGUUAGUCAGACGUUUAAGGGGGAUGAGUAUACGCUGAGGUGGGGGUUGUAUCAUUCUUGA